AAGCCUUCCUCCGCCUCUGGUGGAGUCGAACAAACACAACACCGCUCGCUCGCUCUGUGUCUCUCUCUGUCUCUCUGUGUCUCUCUCUAUGUCUCUCGUGGGCUCUUGGCGCCUUGAUGGUUGACGUGUAAGUUGCUUGGUUGUCACGCAUUCUGCCGAGUGCUUGCGGCGUGUGAAGGAACCCGGGUUACUGAUUGCAGAGAGCGCCUCGCGUUGUUGACGCUAAGUUGGCGCGCGUUGCAAAGUUUCGCUCUCUUCGUGAGUGACGGGCACGGUGAUGGUGAUCGGUGAGCCAGUGUCGAUCGCCUCUCUGUAACGAGGUGAGAGGGAUGCAUCGAUGAGUCAUCGAUCGCCUUCAUGCACGAGCGUGGAGGUGCUCACGUAAAGAGUCACGUGUCAGCAUGGCCGUUCGCGAUCUCCAACAGUGCUGCCAGCGUUUGGAUGGAGAGAAAGUGACAGAACGCAAGAAGGAGGCGGAGCGCUUCGGCAGGUUGAUGGUGCUCCCUGACGUGAUCGCGGAGCUGGACCGGUGCUCAGACUUGCGGCCUCCUCGUGGCCUCACCUGGGAUGCUGUCUUCAAAUUUGUGCAGCGUUACAUGCAGCGGGAGACUGAUGCUCUACAGACAGCGGCCUCCACUGCCUCCACCUCCACCACUGCACGCAGCAACCGGCAGGCGCGGAGCCGCGAAGUCGCCACGCUCUGCAAGCGCUUUGUGCGCAUCGCCAACCGACGUGGCACGCGACUCAAGUGCUCAGAGCUGGUGCGCCACGUCCUUGAAACCCUGAGCAACAAGUGCGCUCGGAUGCAGUUUGGCUCCGAGUACAUCAUGCUGCUCAUACGCGACGUUCUCUCCGUGCGACGCUACUGGUGUGAAAUCACUGCGUCCACCUGGGCAGACCUGCAGAAGCUGUGCUGCCGAUUGCUGGAGAGCAAAGAGGAACUGGACCGUGCUGUCUUGGCCCUCGCUGUGCGGUUGCUGCUCUCUGCCUGCAGCUUCCAAUGCGACACACCCUACCAAGACCUCCCAUGCUUCUCUUUGCGCGCCCUGCAUGCCCUGCGACACGAGCGCUCGCCGGACGUUCUGGAACGCACCGCGACAGCGGUGACCGCCUUCCUGCGUGCCGCCGGCGCCAACGACGGGCGGCGGCGGCUGCUGUGCCGCGUGGGCGAGGAGUCGGGCGCCGCGCUGCUCUACGUGUGGCUCAACACGCGGCCCUGCAGCUCUGCCAAGCGCGUCCUCUGGGAGUUCUUCCUGUUGCAGAUGAGCGCCCACCACCCGCGCGGGGCACGCCACGCUCACCACGGUGCACUUGCGGGCGACAUCUCCGCUUGGCAUCGCGUGCUGGCCCAGCUGUACGACGCGGUGUGCUCGGAGCUGAAGGAGAUGGGAGGUCGCAUCCGCUUCUCGGGCCCUGGGCGGCCUGCUCGGUCCGCGCCCUCCCUCCCGCCAGCCUUCGCUGACCUUGCCGCUCACGUCUGCCAUCAGCUGUUCAACUCGGAGACAAACGUUCUGGAAUUGAUUGAAGCCGGUGGCGGUGACGGUGGCGGCAACGGUGUUCCUACCAGUGGUGACAGGGGCCACGCGACCAGCGGCGUCGCUUCUGGGGGCAGUAACGGCACUCUCUCGGGAGCGAGCCGUCGACGGGGAAGCUCGUGGGACACGCGUGACGUGGCAAGCAAGAGGCGCAGGGUGGACCUGGGCUGGGAGGUGCUGAGGGAAACUUUGCUCAAGUCACAGGUCGACGGGGAAGUCCUGCCCUGGUUGGAGAUCAUGAGCCGUCUCUUGGACAGGCACCCCGACAGCCUGCCGAGGAGUGAGCUGGUUGCCACGGUAACCACUCUAAAUCGGCUGCAGGCCUCCCGGCGUCGCCAAGGAGAUGACCGGACACGGCUGUCCUUGCUGUGCCUGAACCAGUUUGCCAAAAUACAGCCGGUGGAUGUGGGUGUGGAGGAGCGCCGUUUGUGGUGCACGUCGUGGUCGCUUGCACUGCGCUCGCUCCCUUCGGCGCCUGCGUGUGAGACCCGCGCGCUCGCUCUGCUCUCGACGCUGCUGCAGCGCGGACUCGUGCUCCCCGAGCCGGACGCCUGGCGUGCCCUGCUCACCUGCCGGCCCUCACGCUCUGCGGUGGAGCUCCUGCUCCAGCUGGUGUCACGGCAGAUGGUGCCGGCAGAGGGCGGCACGGCGGCGGUGGCGGCGCUGGCUGCCAGUUGGCAGCCGGGCUUGGUAUCGGAGGGCAGCGAAAGCACCUCCCAGGAGAGUGCCGAAGAGGCGGCGUGGACGGAGGGCGACAGGCGGGACCCCACGCUCCGCCGCAGUCUCAUGGCAUGGCUGCUGGCGAGGCAGAGCUCUCCGAGCGAGGACGGCACCGAGAAGAUCGAACCUCCAGCUACCUUGCAAGGAGAUUUUCCCCCUUUCCUGGUGUCCCGUGCGCUCGUUUGCCUGACUCUAAAGGAUAACCGGGCUGCAGCUCGGACGAUCUUCUCUGAUACGGAUUUCAGCAACGAAGACAAAACCUACUACCCUCGUGACGAAGGCCUGGAACAAAUGGAGGAGCUCUUCCUUCUGUCUACCUUCGAGGUCUCCGACCCCGAGCCUACACUGCCUGGCCACGCAAAUGCCACGCACUUGAGCAUGGCAUCCAUACACACUGGGGUCACGGCCGGAUCAAAGGUCAUGACCCCUGUGAGAUUCAUCCUCGAGGAAAAGGUGGUGGCAUUCGCCGAAAGCCUCAUUGGAGGCCAGGACGUCCAGCCGGUGCCUCCAGAGUGUCUGGCUCGUGGUGCUGCCUUGCUCUGUGGAUUGGUGGCUGGGUUCCGACUGGUGGGGGCGGACGCUGAUGAUGCUGGCAGAAAAAGUGUGCUACUUGAGAAAGCUAAGCUGCUGAUGCGGUCGGUGGGUGAGUUCGUCAGCACCAAUGUAAACAAGGCGACCGAGAGCCAUGUGGCGUGCGCGAUGAAGGCUCUCGUGGCGUCGUGCACUUCCGCUGUUGAAGCCCUGGACUCCACACAGGAUCCUUUGGGGCAGUUGGCGUCUUCGCUCUUCCUGCUCACCAUCCCUGCGUGUUUCAUCACUGACCUGCUGGGGCUUGUCAAGCAUAUGGACAAGCAAGUUGGGUCAACCGACCUUUUUUCAGAUGAUAUGGACACUAGCACCACAGCAACAACCUCUAAUUCCAGUGACCUAGAAAUGCUCGGUGACAACUUGGGUCGUGGUGGGGAGAGCUGUGAAGACGGUGCCGGAAGUCAAGUUGGAGCAGUGCCCCUGUGUGUGCUAUCGGACGAGCAGCUGAGCCGUGCCGAUCAGCUGGCUCUGGACACGACUGCCUUCCUGUGUGCGUGCGCGCGCGGCGCAUCUGUGGCGGCCCGAGUCUCAGGCACCGCCCCCCAGUUCAACCCCAGCCAGCUGAGGUGUGGCCUCCUGACCCUGUGCAGCCCGGCGCAGUUGGACCUCAAGAGGGCUGUGCACGUUCGGAUGUACCUCUGCCUGCUUGAGAAAUUUCCAAGUACAGGAGGAGACUCCUUCGGCAUGGACUACAGCUCCUUGCUUACCUCGCUCAGGACCGUUUGCUCGCACUACCGCAGCGAUCAGGAAGUGUGUGCCGCACUGCUGUGCCGGCUGCCCCCGCUCAUUCGUGCUCUGGGUUGCACCUCGGGGUCAGACAGAGACCUCACAGAUGCCCGUCAGAAACUUCGGGCUGCGCUCUCCGGCUUUUGGUUACUCCGCGGCAAGGGGCAGUGCACGGCUGCAGUGCGAGCCGCCUUGCUUACAUGCAUGGCCACGAUGCUUGAGGUGGACGCACGGUGCAGGUGGGCCAUCCUGGAGGUUGAGAGCACCGCCCUGCCCGUCCGAGAGGCCUUCCCAGAGUUCCUGGGCGACAGGCAGCACCGUGUGCGCAUGCUGGCGGCCCAGGCACUCCACAGUCUGUUUCUACAGCGGGCGGGUGACGGCCUCUCAGCUGAGUGGCAGCCGCUGCCGCCAGCUGUGCAGCAGGACUCGUUUGAGCGAGUACGGGAGAAGGUGUUUACGUGCCUACGCACCGCGGUGAAGGAGCAGGGCACGGACCAACCCGAGGACAAGUGUGUGGAUUCUGAACCCAAUGGCGCGUCGGUGCUACUGGCAGCGCUGGGCACAGUGGCUCGCUGCAGCUCGCUGUGUGAGAAGCAGGCGCUGUAUGCAAUGGUGCAGGCACAGCUGAGACACGGCGUAGCCAUCACUGUCAUCGCGAAGGCAGUGCGGGUGGUGUCUUUGGCCUUAAAUCAAGCCAGUCCGACUCGCUACCUGGAGUCUCAUCUGGGCUACCUGCUUCACCACUGGCUCUCGGAUAGAAAGACGCUGGAGAACUUUCCCUUCCAGCUCCUGGAAUGCGACACGGUGGAGGAGUUUUACAGGCGGCACUGGCUGGAGGUGGUACCACGCCUGGCCAUGCGACAGGACUUUAAUGGCGUGCGUGCGGCAAGCGCAGCGAUGGGCGUGGAUUGGCGCGACGCCCUUGUCCGCGCCUUCCCGCGCCUUUUCACCCGCGUGCUGCCCCUUUUCGUGGAGGAGGGGGAGGAGGGCAAAGGGCAUCCGGCGACGGCCGCGCGGCACGAGAGGACCGAGGCCGUGCUCGUCUACGAAUUCUUGUGCCGCGACGACUGCCUCGGCAAGAAGAGGAUAGAUGAGCUGGUGCAGGCGAACCUGCCUGAGGUUGUUACGGAGUUACUUGGGACCUUGCAUGAGCCCUCGACGUGUGGCGAACCGUCAGAUGUUGGGCGCUAUGCCAGCGAGCUGGACCCCGCUCCAAACCCUCCCACGUUCUCCGCUUACGUGAUUCGUGCCUCCAUGGAAUACCUGGGCAAGUGCCACGGCGGCGUUGGCAAGAGUCUCAUUGGACACCUGGCACGGACGCCGGACUCCAUCCAGAAGAUCCUCCUGGCCGUCGGGCAGCAGGUACAGCUGGCCACGGAUGCCCACGAGCGCCACCGGGUCCUCAUGAUGUACCGCCUGUUCAUCGGGCACCUGCUAGGGGAGCUGCAGGAUGGCCUCGGCGGCUCGGGGGCCUUCGUGCUGCGCGACGUCAUCUACACUCUCGUUCACCUCAUCAACAGCCGCCCCAACGUCCAGGAUGAAACAUCUGCUCGGAGUUUCAGCCUUUGCCUUGACCUCUUGAACGUGUCCUGCCGUGCUGGAGUCAACUGGAGGCCAGAGGCUCUGGCUCCACACCUCCACGCCAUUGUCGCUGCCCUCCUGCCACUCAUUACCUGGACAUCCCCACCACAACAAUCAUCAUCAACAUCUUCAUCGACAUCGUCACAAAAAAAACAUGGUUACGCAAGUGACAUCGCAAAGCAGCAGGCCUUGGCUCUGUUGGACUUCUUGGUGAUCAACUGCCAGGCUGUAGAGCCUCUAUCCCGUGCUCUAAGCCGUCUGGACCCCUUCCCACACCAACAAACCCUGGAGCACCUGCGAUUGGCCCAGGAAAGGGUUAAAUACCAGCACGGAAAGCUGUCCCUGCUGCAGGAGUUGGAGCACUUCCUGUCGGCGGGCGUCUGGCAGGGCCUGGCCGGGGCACGCGUCGAGGGUGUUCGUCACCUGCAUGUGCAGCUGGCGCAGCGCAAGGAAGAGCUGUGUGGUCUGCUUGCCGCCCAGAAAGAUGCCUUGGAGGGUGGCGUGCUGAUCCGUUUAGUGGGUGGCCUGGUGCGCAUGAGCCGGACUGCCCUGGCCUCUCCAACCGGGGCUGAAGAUACUCUGGAGGCUGUGGCUGCCUGCCUUGGCGAGCUGGGUCCCGUCGCUUUCUCCACCACGGCCCUGGAGAGGGAUACUGAGGGCCAGCCCUGGGGUCUGUCGACCUCCAUCACCCCCCAGGACCCCGGAUCCAUCACCACACAGUGGACGGACAUGGCCGUGGCACUGCUGAACGACUCACUGACUGACAGCAGUGUGGAGGUCCGAGCAGCCAGCUCCACUUGCCUGAAGGCCGUGCUUGCCACGCGCGCUGGCGCCGAAUUCUGGGAACGUCAGGCGGCCCUGCCUGAGACAGAGUUCUUCCUGCAGAUCCUCGCGCCCUUUCGCAACCCUAAAAAGAAGUGCUUGGAGCUGCCGCCCCUGCCACUGGACGGCCGCCCCUCUAAAGAGCUGGAGAGUGAUACAUUAUGGGAGCCGGACGGUGGUAGCCAUGAUCUGUGGCUUAAAGGCUUAACGUGUGCACUCAUCCGAGGCGGUGCAGCUCGCUGCGACGUCUUGCGUCUGCUCGGGCCCAUCUGUGAGGCCAAGGCGGAGGUUUGCGAGCGAGUGCUCCCACUGCUGCUGCACGAUGCUCUCCUGGGCGACGCUGAGGUCGGUGGCGGCUGGAUGCUUCUCAUCUCGAGCCACCUCAUGAGGGUCCUUCAGCCCCCACGGCGGUCCUCGGCACAGGGCUCCUCCAGGCCCACCACGCCAAUGCUCGCUGCUGGAGAUGCCUCGGGGGUACAUGUGGACCCGGUGUCUGUGCGUUCCGUCCUCCGGGCCAUCGGCUACCUGCGUCGCCACCAACGGCCCAACUCGCAAACGCCCUGGGACAACAACUUCUGGCUGAGUCUCAACCACCUGCAGGUGGCGAGCGCGGCACAGGCGUGCGGGGCACACUUCACCGCACUGCUCUACGCCGAGAUCUAUGCCGGCACGCAUCGGCCCCAGGAUGGCAGCGGUGAUUUCAACGGCCGUUCGAGCCAUGAUGAGGACAAUCACAAGUCGCUGCUGGAGAACAUCAGCGAGACAGGGAUGGAUGAGGCGAACAUCAGCCUGCAGGAUCUGCUGCUGGAGGUUUAUAGAAGCAUCGGGGAGCCCGACAGCCUGUACGGCUGCAGGAGAGGUCACCCUGUCCAUGCCCUGGCCAGGGUGCGCACCUAUGAGCAUGAGGGGGAGUGGGAGAAGGCACUGGGAGUGUAUGACCUUGACACGGCAUUGCCCAUGGGCGUCAGGCAAGCGGGGAUCUUACAGGCGCUGCAGAACUGCGGGCUGGACUUGGUGCUGCAGCGAUACCUUCGAGGCCUGGAGGAGGAGUCGCCCGAGUGCAGCGCAGACCUAGAGGAGAUGCGCUACCAGGCAGCCUGGCGAGCGGGCCAGUGGGACCGCCAGCCCAGCUCUCGCAGGUCAGAGCCCCGCAGCCUGGGCUACCACGAGUGCCUCUACUACAGUCUCCAGGCUCUGCACGACCGCGAGUUCAGCAGCUUCACCCAGCACCUGGCAGCAGCACGGGUGCAGGAGAUGCGUGAGCUGAGCGCCCUCAGUCUGGAGUCGGUGCACGCCGUGUACCCGGCGCUCUGCCGCCUGCGCUCGCUCAGCGAGAUGGAAGCCGCUGGACAACGGCUGUACAGCGCUGGGCCCGACGUGGACGCGCUGGCGCCGCUGCAGGACUCGUGGCGCCAGCAGCUGCUGGUGCUGCGGGAGACCGACUUCCGCUACCAGGAGCCCGUGCUGUCGCUGCGCACGGCGCUGCACCGCCAGGCGGCGCCCGAGAGCACGGGGGCCCUCGUCGACCAUCUCACGGAGCUGGCGCGGCUCGCACGCCUCGCCGGAAAUACACGCGUGUCGGAGAGGGCGAUACAAUCAAUCAGGCAGUGCCCGAGACGCCCACACGGGGUCCAUGCUUGGCAGGUGGAGGAUGCUGAGAUGUUUUGGGCCAAGCAAGAGCAGGGCCGGGCAAUGGGCAUCAUGAAGGGCCUCCUGGGAACACUUAAAGCUCAGGUGGCAGGCGAGUGUGCGAAGGAGCUGUUGGCACUGUACGCCGAGUGCCUGGGCCGCUAUGGACACUGGCUGGCCGAGACGUGCUCGGAGAGCCCCUCCAUCAUCCUCAGCGAGUACCUCGAGAAGGCGGUGAGCGUAGCGGAGCGUGCGUGGGGCGAUGGCAGCGGCGGCAGCGACAUGGGCGAGGGCGAGGGUGGCCGCGUGUGCAGGGCGGCGCUGUACCUGUCGCUGGCGCGCUUCGCCGACGCUCAGCACCGCAGCAUCGUGGCGUACAUGCGCUCGGCCGAGUACGAGAACAAGCGAGCUCUGCUCCGCAAAGCUAAGGAGGACGUCACCCUCUUACAGUCACUCAAGCUGCAGCCAUCCAGGUACAUGGUGAAGCUGCAGCGCGAGUGCGAUCUGGACGAGCGGGAGCUGCUGUCGCUGCGGCAGGACCGCGAGCGCUUCCUGGUGGAGGCGCUCGUCAACUACGUGCGCUGCCUGCGCAGCGGCGGGGCGCACGGGGAGGCGCGCGCAUUCCGCCUCGUCUCGCUCUGGCUCGAGAACUCGGCGGAGCAGCAGGUCAACGACGUCAUGCGGACUGGCGUGACAGACAUCCCUCCGCACAAGUUCCUGCCGUUGAUUUACCAGCUGGCGGCACGCAUGGGCACCAAGAUGGCGGGCGGAGAAGCCUUCCACAGCAUCCUGCAGAAGCUCAUCCUGCGCGUGACGCUCACGCACCCGCACCAUGCGCUGCUGGUGGUGCUGGCGCUGGCGAACGCUGGCAAGGACGAGCUGCUUCAGACAGUGGCAGCCAGGGAUGGUGCACGCGGGGGCAGCCGCUUGAGCCGGGGAGAUGGCAGGGGGUCCUCGGCCCCUAGUGACGACGAUCGUGUCAGGGCGACACGGGACCUCGUGGAACAGGUGCGAAAGCAGCAGCCCGAGCUGGUGCGUGACACGGAGAAGCUGUGCGACGCUUACAUCGUGCUCGCCAACAUGAACGCCGAGGCCUCGCGCAAGCAGACGAAGGAUUUGCUCAUUCCAAAGGAUCAGCCCAUCAAGGACAUCAGAAAUCUGUACAAAGUUGUUAUCCCCACAUUGGAACUGAAGGUGGACCCGACGGGGCAGUACCCUGACCUCGUGACGGUGCGUGCUUUCCGGCCACACUUCCGGCUCGCCGGAGGCGUUAACCUCCCCAAAAUCAUCGACUGCGAGGGAUCGGAUGGACGAACUUACAGGCAGCUUGUAAAGGGCCGUGACGACCUGCGUCAGGACGCCGUCAUGCAGCAGGUUUUCCACAUGUGCAAUGAGCUGCUGGCCGGGAGCGCAGAGACACGCACCCGCAAGCUCAGCAUCCGCACGUACAAGGUGGUGCCUCUGUCACAGCGGAGCGGCGUGCUCGAGUGGUGCGUGGGCACCGUGCCCAUCGGCGACUACCUCGUCCACAAGGACACGGGCGCCCACACCAAGUACCGGCCCAACGACUGGCCCUCCAUGCACUGUCGCAAAUUCAUGAAUGACCGUAGGAACGGGGACUUGUUCCUCGCUUACCAGGAGUUGUGCCACCACUUCCGGCCCGUUUUCCGCCACUUCUUCUGGGAACGCUUCCUGGACCCGGCCGUGUGGUUUGAGCGACGCCUCUCCUACACGCGCAGCGUCGCCACCUCCUCCAUCGUGGGCUACAUCGUGGGGCUGGGCGACCGCCACGUGCAGAAUAUCCUCAUCGACCUCAACUCGGCCGAGCUCGUACACAUCGACCUGGGUGUUGCGUUCGAGCAAGGCCGCGUACUACCGACUCCCGAGACUGUGCCAUUCCGACUGACGCGAGACAUCGUGGAUGGAAUGGGCGUCACGGGCGUGGAGGGCGUCUUCCGCAGGUGCUGUGAGAAGACAAUGGAGGUCAUGAGGAAUUCUCAGGAGGCCCUACUAACCAUUGUUGAGGUGCUGCUGUUCGAUCCACUGUUUGACUGGACGAUGAACCCCCUGAAAGCGCUGACGCUGCAGACACGAGUCGAGGACGAGACUGAGGGCACCUCCACCAUGGGCCCCACGCUGGGGAGAGCGCCUGCAUCUGGGAGGGCCGUGCACCAGGAACGAAACGGCAUGGACCCGCAGAGCCUCAACAAGAUGGCAGAGCGCGUGCUCAUGCGGCUGCAGCAGAAGCUGAAGGGCGUGGAGGAGGGCUCGGUGCUCAGCGUCCCGGGCCAGGUCAACCUUCUCAUUCAGCAAGCCACCGACCCCAAGAACCUCAGCCGACUCUUCCCAGGAUGGCAGCCCUGGGUUUAAGGCUUCUUCCACCAAAAGUCCCACAGUAGAGCAUCUCGCUUACUCCCCCCCCACCCCCCAUUUAAGUGGCAUCUGGUGAAAGGAAGGAAGCAUUGGCAUGGUGUGCUGGCAUCAUCGUCAUUGGCCAUGAGGACAUUGUGACCUGGACUUUGGUAAACAGCAGCGUGCUACCACAGCAACAAUUUAAAGUUGUGUUUUGCUAUUGUAACUGCUAACGAAGGAGAAGACAUAGAAUACAUAUAGGCAAAUGGUAGAAUAGUGUCAGAGCAGAUAUUGAAAGUUGAUGUUGACAUUGUAGCAAUGGAGCUCAUUGAGGUGUGCCAAACCACUCAGCUCCCAGAGGGUCAUGAGAUCAACUUCCAGCCAGGGGUUAACUUAGUUCUUCAUCCCUCUAUUUCAUAUAGAAUUUGUCCCACUUAAUGAGAAGUCAGCAAUGGCUGUAUCGUGAAUACUCUGGUCUUUGUCGUAGGAGUUUGGAAUGUCCUACAUUACCUCGAGAGCUCUAAGGGAAACAACCAUUCCCCAAUGCUUAUUUGAGUGUGAAGACUUCUUUGACAUGUAUUGGCACUCAGGUGGUUUACUCCAAAGUUUAACCGAAAAUGUCUGUUUAUUUGGAAAUUUUCCACUUGAAAUUGGCAAAAGCUGCCCAGCAGCUCACUGGAUGAUGGAUUCGCGUGAAUGUAUCUUGGUGUGAGCACCUUCGCCUGAACAAAAAACUAAAGUUUGCUCACGUUCUUCCCUCCUAAUAAUGAAAUCAUUUUCAAGGAGCCUUAUAACUAUGCCUUUAUUAUUGUAUAUGUUAUCACUGUACUUUAAUAUUCACAUCAUUCUUGUCUUUUAUGAUGAAUUGCACGUAAGUUAUACUUGUAAGACUCUCUGGAUGUGAAAUAUAGCUUUUGUUUAUAUGA